ACUCCGGGUCCAGAAUACAUUACAAUAGGACGCUUGUUUCUUUCUCAUUUCUCAAACGCACUACUCGACCUCUGACCAGUGACCAGUGACCAGUGACCAGUGACUGUUAUUAAGGAGCAAAUCUUUGGUUUUUGGACAACUUCUCUCUCUCUCUCUAUCAGUCACAAAGAUGUCAGGGCCUCAGUGCUGUGAGAACCCACCAACUUUGAGCUCAAGUAGCGGUGUUGGGUCAGUGUUAGAAUUUGGGGGUCUCAAAACCUACGUCUCUGCUUCUUCCAAUUCCAAACACGCCAUCCUCCUCGUCUCCGACAUUUUUGGUUAUGAAGCACCAAACCUGAGGAAGCUUGCUGACAAAGUUGCAGCUGUGGGAUACUAUGUUGUGGUUCCUGAUUUUCUUUAUGGGGAUCCUUAUAAUCCUGAAAAUACGGAGAAGCCUUUAUCAGUCUGGAUACAAUCACAUGGAGCAGACAAAGGAUUUGAAGAUGCAAAGCAGGUUGUUGCAGCUUUAAAAGAUAAAGGCAUAUCUGCAAUUGGAGCUGCAGGGUUUUGCUGGGGUGCCAAGGUGGUUGUUCAACUAGCUAAGUCUGACGACAUUCAAGCGGCAGUGUUAUUGCACCCAUCAUUUGUCACUGUGGAUGAUAUUAAGGGUACGACUGUUUUUUACCAGAAUCAUUUGUGAUUAGAUAGAGCUUUUACUCCUGGAUUUUAUACAAGUGCAUUGCUUAGGGACAAAACAUUUUAUGUCUAAAUGACACUAGAAUAUUGGUGACUUGUUCGGUCAAAUUAUAUUGCUGUCCUAAAUUUGUUCAAUGUCUUAUAGGAAAAAUUAUUACUAAUUGCUUUUGCAUAUUCCUACGUCCUAAGUGAUAUUUGGUAUCACAUGUUUUCUGAAUUCUAGUGAGUAAAGUGAACUGCAUCAUUUUUA